UGACAGCGUUUCCGUAACAUCUCUCAAUCAAACAUGUCUGUGCGCUCUGUGUAGCCUUUCCAUCGUGACAGUCAUGGCUUUAUUACGUUCACCUUGUCUGAAGAGUAAACUGUAACCCACUCGCAGUCCAGCUGGAGAGACACAGCUCUGAACGUGGCCUUCAUCAGGAUUCAUGAGAUGCUGAUUCAGGAGGAGCAAAAUUACAAUGAGGCAGCAGGUGUGGGGGAGAUCUGACGAGGUGUGUGGGCCUGUAGCGUGACACAGAGCUGGAAGAUGAGGACCAUUCUCGCUGUGUGUGGAGGCGGUGAUGGUGGGGAGUCCCGCGGCCUCCGCAGCAGGAUGGGCAGGAUGAGGAAGCUGCUGUGGCUGAGGCCGAAUCAGUGCGUGGACGUCCACAUGGACACGGAGCCCGGUGUGUGGCUGAGGAGCUUCCAGAUGUUAGACACUGAUGCGCAAUAUGAGGACCCAGUGCAGGAGUGGGGGGAGGAGGAGGAGGACGGUGCCGUGUUUGGCAUCACACUGCGCAGGGAGCCCGUGAUGCCGAGCUCUGACACAGCAGAGCCCCCCACAGCCUUCAGCUUCGUCCAGUACCACACGGUGAAGGUUCGCAGGCUCAAGGCUGCCACCCUGGAGCGUCUGGUCACCCACCUGCUGGACACCGAACACCAGGAGCCUGACUUCACCCGUGUGUUCCUCUCCACCUACAGAGCCUUCACCUCGGCCAGCACCCUCAUUGAGCUGCUGUUUCAGAGAGAGGACUUAAACGCCAACCUGGACAACACGGUCUGCCCUCGCAGCACCUUACCCCCUGUGAUUCGGCUGUGGCUGGAGGAAUACAGUGAAGACUUCCAUGAGCCCCCUCCGCACCAGGCCCUCAGACUGCUGUGUGUGCACCUGCGACAUCGUCUGUGCUUCAGACGUUUGGCUCAGACUGCUGAGACCCUACUCAAGAGGGUCCAGGAACAAGAUUGCAGCCACUCACUGCACAGGGGUGAAUCACUGCAGCAGGAGCCCAGAGAUCAGGUGGACGGAGGAGAGACGUCCGUUAAGGAGGAAGACAGAUACAGCUUCAUGGACUGCCCUGUGAGAGAAAUAGCGGAGCAGCUGACCAGACUGGACGCCGACCUGUUUGUCAGAGUGGUGCCCUUUCACUGCCUGGGCUGCGUCUGGUCACAGCGUGACAAGAAAGAAAACCGAAACUUGGCGCCCACCGUCCGCGCCACCAUCUCCCAGUUCAACGCCGUCACCAACCGUGUCAUCACUUCGCUCCUCUGCCCGUCCUCACCCAGCCCUUCCACUUCCUCUCCCAUCUCAUCACCCGUCUCCUCCUCUACCUUCCUGUACCCCUCCACUGCCCCAAGCUCACCUCGCUCCUCGCACACCAACCCCUCCCACAGAGCACGCAUCAUUGAGAGGUGGAUCGCCAUUGCACAGGAGUGCAGACAGCUGAAGAAUUUCUCCUCUUUAAGGGCCAUCCUUUCAGCGCUGCAGUCCAACGCCGUGUAUCGCCUCAAGAAGACCUGGGCUGCUGUCAGCAGGGAAAGCAUGGCCACCUUUGACAACCUGUGUGAGACUUUCCCUGAUGAGAACUGUGUGCUAACCACCAGAGAGAUCCUUGUGGAGGAUGGGAGUCACCCAGACAGCAGUGCCACCCCGGGCCCUAAAUCUCCGCAGCUCUGCUCAGUGUCCAGACAGAUGAGCUUAAGCAGAGGUGUUGUGCCGUACCUGGGCACUUACCUGACUGUCCUCACCAUGCUGGAUACAGCACUGACAGACACUGUGGAGGGAGGACUCAUCAACUUUGAGAAGCGCAGACGGGAGUUUGAGAUUCUUUCCCAGAUUCGACAGCUCCAGGUUUCCUGUUCCCACUACAGCCUUUCAGUGAACCCUCACAUCACUGCCUGGCUGCAGGCACACACACUGCUCACAGACCAGGAGAGCUAUGAGCUGUCCCGUGAGCUGGAGCCUCCGGUCGACCCCUGUCCCAGCUCUCCCAAUUCAUGGAGCAGUCGCCUACUUACUAAGAAGCUCGCAUCGUUGCGAACAGCCAGCGACAGCUCCCUGAGGAAGACCCACGCUGAUCAGAUCAGUGUGUCGUCUUCGGGCUCCAGCAGUUCAGACAUGGAGGACCUCUCCGUCCCUCAGCCCUCCCCCCUCAGACUCAAACUCAAGUCUCUCUCGGGCUCUCUUCACAACGUAGCAGAGGACUUCUCCUCCUCCUCCUCUGCCAGUCUGUCCAGCUCCUCCUGCAGCUCGUCUCAUCCAGACCUCAGCUCCUCCUCUCUGGCGCUGAGCCCUGAGUCGUCGUCCUCCAGCUGCUCUCCUCAGGCCUCACUGCCCGUCUACAACAAACAGGUCGCUGACUCAUGUAUCAUCAGGGUCAGUGUGGAGUCUGUCAGCAACGGAAAUGUCUACAAGAGCAUACUGCUGACCAGUCAGGACCACACACCUCAGGUGAUUCAGAGAGCUAUUGAAAAGCACAACAUGGAGGAUGUCAGCUGCCACGACUUCAGCCUCUGCCAGAAGCUCAACAAUGGAAAAGAGCUCCUGAUCCCCGACAAAGCCAAUGUAUUUUAUGCCAUGUGCACCACCGCCAACUACGACUUUGUCCUGCGGCAGCACUGGAGGAGCCCUGGGAAACACCUAGGCUCUUCCUCCAGCCCUGGAGCUCAACCCAAGAGCCGCCACGCCAAGUGAUGAGCCUCUGUCCCGACUGGAGGUUAGCAGUCCAACUACACAACAGAGGAGCUGCUCAUCUGCAACAACAACCAGACAACAAAACCUGUGGCUGCUUUGUAUCCACUCAUCACCACGAGGGUGUCGCUGUGCAGCAGAUAUGAGCCGCUCCGCCACAGAGACCUGAGAGCUUUGACUGAAAAAUAACCUGAAGGGGUUCUCAGCAAGAAGUUGUCUUCACUGGGAGCAACACUGAAAUGUGUGACACCUCAAAAUAUUGUAGUAGUGUUGGAAUAAAAUUGACGAAAAUGUCCAAGUAUAGAGAGGAGAGACGCCAAGAGGAACCAUUUUGUAUUCUCCAGCUGUUCUCUGACCAUGUUUGGAUUAAUGAACCACAUGUAGCCAGGACCUGUCUUCCUUAGAUAAACACACUUGGAUUACAUUUUGGAUCAUAUUGAGUCAUGAAUCCCAAUCCACCCAGGGAGAAACACAUCAGCUUUUACUGCAGCCAACUAUAAGCAUCAGGGGCAGCUGGUCUGACACAACGGUCCUGUGUCAUAACUCUUCAGGGGAACAUGAUAAAUGUGGACCGACACACUGGGACUUUUCCAUCAGCUUGUUUGGCUGAAUGAGUAACAGGAGUUCCCCAACGACACAGAACACGAUGAAGAAACGCCAGACAGAAUGACUAAAUAUGGGAUGGAAGAUGAUGAGUAUCUAAAUGAUCUGGAUCAAAACGCGUUUGAAAGACUGCUUGGACCGAGGCCUGUUACCUCUGACAUGGAGAUUUUAUUUGUACAGAGAGUUAGUAAUAAGUAUUCAGAUGUUCAGUCGUCUUCUAGAUGAGAAUUUAAAUGAGAAUUUUAUCAACUUAAAUUAUUUAAUACAUUUCAGUAUUCACUUUUUAGAGCAAAAGUGGCAUGAUAAAAAUGUUUGUGUUUUGUUUGUUUUUAUGUUUCACUUCAUUUCAGAUCCUCUCUUCAGCCUUCAGCGCUUCACUGUUCUCAGACAUGCAUGUCCUUAACUUGCUUUGUAUCUCUGAAGCUCAACUCUAGAUUGCAUUAGUUACAUUAGAGACUUUGUAUGUGAGCAUAAUAUGCACACGUUAUAAAAGUUCAUAUUCAGUUGUCUUGCCUGGCCUGUGGCGUUUCUGUCAUUGGGUUCAAAGAGGAGCCGAAAUGUUGACAUGGUGGUGUGAAGGAUGUGAUCCAGACGAGGCUGCUGGUCACUUUAAUGGAGAGCAACUUAACUCAGAAUGACAGAACAAGAACAGGCCUUCUGCCAUGAAUGGGAUAUAGCUCCACCUGCCUACGUGCAAUGCUGCGAAUAAGAUUUACCUGAAGAAAGGCUCUUGUAUGUGAAAACGAAGCGUCUCAGUAAGUGAAUUUAUGUGACAUUUGAUCAUCUCAGUGAUGCGAAAUCCUCCACAAAACCUGCAGGCAGCUUUCUGCAAGUACUAAUAUUGAGUAUUGGUGGUAUAGUCAAAAAAUAUAAUGAAGUCACUGCUCUCCAGUCACUGAAAGAUGUGCACACAGUGGUUCACAUCCCUGUUUUAAAUUGCUGAUUUUGUGAAGAGUUUUGCGUCACUGAGUUCAGCUUGAAAACUGCUGAGGUUGGUUAACAGUGAGGUUAAAGGUUGGUAAUGAGGUCUGGCAGCUGCAAUAUAUGAAGAAGGAGUCUACAGUCAGUCUGUCUGUCGACUACUAUCAGUUGACUUUCCUGUCAAUUAUCUCCUUAAUGUUAAAAUGUAAGUGAAGUUGUCGACAUUAUGCACGUGAUAAUUUAAGGCGACGUAUCUUUGUUUUCAUUUUAUUUCAACAGAUUCUUUAUUUUAAAAUUUAAUCUAAGCACUUGCUGUUUAUAAUUAAUAUUAUAUGUCCACUAAUAAAGCCAAUUUACAAUUUA